AUGGCGCGCAACGACACGCCGCAGGGCAGCUUGCGCCAGCGCAACACCCCAGCGAAGAAGGCAGAGCAGCCCGCUGCUGCCAAACCCGAGAUCGAAGUUGACAAGCUGGUCAAGGCCGCUCAGCAACAGGCGGCUGUCGACAAGGAGUGGGACUAUAAGAUUGUUUGUGCUGUCAUCACCGGGCUGGCUUUUGUCACGCGUUUCUGGGGAAUCAGCCAUCCCACUGAAGUCGUUUUCGACGAGGUUCACUUUGGAAAGUUUGCAUCCUACUACCUCGAGCGAACCUACUUCUUCGAUGUGCACCCUCCUUUUGGAAAGCUCCUUUUCGCCUUUAUGGGCUGGUUGGUUGGAUAUGAUGGCCAUUUCCACUUCGACAACAUUGGCGACUCCUACAUUACCAAUAAGAUCCCAUAUGUCGCGUUCAGGUCUCUCCCUGCCAUCCUGGGUGCCCUGACCGUCACCGUCACCUACCUCAUCAUGUGGGAAUCCGGAUACAGCUUGCCGGCAUGUAUUCUUGCUGCAAGUCUGGUUCUCCUGGACAACGCCCACAUCGGCCAGACCCGCCUUAUUCUCCUCGAUGCGACUCUGAUUUUCGCCAUGGCUUGCAGUCUUCUCUUCUACAUCAAGUUCUACAAGCAACGCCACCAGCCAUUCGGCAGGAAGUGGUGGAAGUGGCUGAUCCUGACUGGCUUCGCGCUCUCUUGCGACAUUUCGGUCAAAUACGUGGGUGUGUUUGCCUUUGCCACAAUUGGCUCUGCUGUCAUCAUUGACCUGUGGGAGUUGUUGGAUAUCAAGAGGCCCGGUGGCGCUCUCAGCGUGCCAGAAUUCGCCAAGCACUUCAUUGCUCGUGCCUUUGGUCUUGUGAUCCUGCCCUUCAUCUUCUAUUUGUUCUGGUUCCAGGUUCACUUCACCGUCCUCAGCCGAUCUGGCCCCGGUGACGAUUUUAUGACUCCUGAAUUCCAGGAGACUCUGAGCGACAAUGUGAUGCUCGCAAACUCUCUUGACAUCCAGUACUAUGAUACCAUCACGAUCCGCCACAAGGAAACCAAGACCUACCUCCAUAGCCAUGUCGACCAGUACCCUCUUCGAUACGACGAUGGCAGAGUGUCUAGCCAGGGUCAGCAGGUGACUGGAUAUCCAUUCAAUGACACCAACAACAACUGGCAGAUUCUUCCCAUUGACGACAACAAGCAGACUGGACGCAACGUGAAGAACAACGAUGUUGUUCGUCUCAGGCACCUUGGCACUAACAAGAUUCUGCUUUCACACGAUGUGGCCUCCCCUUACUACCCCACAAACCAGGAGUUCACUUGUGUUACUGACGAGGAGGCAUUCGGGCCACGCCAGAACGACACUCUCUUCGAAAUUCGAAUUGAGCACGGGAAGAAGAACCAGGAUUUUAAGACCAUUGCCAGCCACUUCAAGCUGAUUCAUUUCCCCAGCAAGGUUGCCAUGUGGACGCACACGAAGCCCCUCCCCGACUGGGGCUACAAGCAGCAGGAGAUCAACGGAAACAAGCAGGUCGCUCCCAGCUCGAACAUUUGGUUUGCCGAGGAUGUCCCAUCCCUGGCACUCGACGACAAGAGACGCGACAAGCCACCGCGCAAGGUCAAGUCUCUGCCCUUCCUGCAAAAGUGGUUUGAGCUCCAGAGGGCUAUGUUCUACCACAACAACAAGCUUACCAGCAGCCACCCCUAUGCCAGCUACCCUUGGCAGUGGCCUUUCCUCCUUCGAGGUGUGAGCUUCUGGACUCAGGCGGAGACCCGCCAGCAGAUCUACUUCCUCGGAAACCCAUUUGGCUGGUGGCUCGCCAGCAGCUUGCUCGCAGUCUUUGCUGGCAUCAUCGGAGCUGACCAAGUUUCGUUGCGCCGUGGCUUGGACGCCCUUGACCAUCGUACUCGCUCUCGUCUGUACAACUCCUCCGGCUUCUUCUUCAUUGCUUGGGCCACUCAUUACUUCCCAUUUUACCUGAUGGGCCGUCAACUUUUCCUGCACCAUUAUCUCCCCGCCCAUGUGGCCUCGUGUCUGGUGACCGGCGCUCUUUUGGAGUUCGUCUUCAACACGGAAAGCAGUGAUGAAAAUGUUGUCUACGGUGACCGUAAGAAGGGUGGCGGGCCCAGGAAGCACAUCACUGCCCGCGAGAGGUACGCAGGCCAGAGCAUGAUCGGCGCCUGGGUGGCUUGCUUUGCCAUUAUUGCUGUUGCCGCCGCUGGAUGGUACUUCUUCCUUCCCCUGACUUACGGUUACCCCGGCCUGUCCGUUGAGCAGGUCCUCAUGAGGAAGUGGCUUGGAUACGAUCUUCACUUUGCCAAAUAA